UCCACCCUCACUCUCUUCCUCCUAAAACCCUAAACCCAAAUCCCACUUUCCCCACGCCCUCCACUGCAGCCCCACGGCCAUGGCGUCCCCUGCCGUCCUUCGAGAACGUUCAAGAACGCUUCCGAAGCUCCUCUCCCACCUCGCCCUCCUCCGAUUCAUGGGAGGCGGCCCGCGUACGUUUCCCGGCGGCCUCAACAAGUGGCAGUACAAGCGGAUGCACGAGAAGAUGGCGAGGGAGAAGGAGCGCCGCCUCCUCCAGCAGGAGAAGCAGCUCUACCAUGCUCGCCUCCGAACCGAGAUCCGCGCCAAGAGCGCUGGGAGAACCUCCGGCGACUCCACCGAUCCCGCCUCCAACUCCGGUGGCGCCAUGACCUCCAAAGAGCACAUCAAGGCCCUUGCUGAUCGGUUUAUGAAGGCCGGGGCAGUGGACCUCUGGAACGAGGAUGACGGCCCCAUCCUCUCUGCACCUCGUCGGUCCCAUGCUUCGGGCUCCGUGCCGCCGCUUGAUUUGAGGAAGCUUGUGGCGGAGCGACGGAACGUGGUUGAAAGUAGGGCCGGCCGGACAAGUUCGAGCGUGGGUUCUUUUAGUAAGAGGGAGUACUCGACGAUGCCAGGGAGACGAAAUGGGAUGAGGUCGAAGAUGAGGUGGAGGAAUUCAUCGAGCGAUGAAGAUUCCGAGUCAGAUGCAAGGGUUGUUUCAAAUGGAAAUUCAAUGACGGAGCUUCGCGAUGCAGACAGGGGUACUCCAAAGAAUUCACGACUGUUUCCUAAGUUUAACAUCAAAAGUGACGGGGAGUCAGAGGAAGACUCAGGUUUGAUGAGCAGGGCGAGUGCAGGGAAGAAGAUAUUUAGCAAAGCUGCUCUGAGGAACUAUGAUAUGAAAAACCAGAGGAGGGUGCCUAGGAGCAUUGAGGAGUGCAGUGAUCCCUCUAAUGAGAUGCAGGAAAUUCGUGAUGAGUUGUGGAAGAAGCAGGCUUAUGCAUAUGAUACAACACGACGUGAUGCAGAGGAAGAAUCACUUCUGACAAAAAAGCGAUUUGAUGAGUGUGGCGUCUCUCCUCUGACAAUUAAGGCACUCACUGAUGCUGGAUACAUACGAAUGACCGUUGUGCAAGAGGCGACACUUCCUGUCUGUCUUGAUGGUAAGGAUGCUCUAGUGAAAGCAAAAACAGGCACAGGCAAAAGUGCUGCUUUUCUGCUUCCUGCAAUUGAAACAGUCAUCAAGGCAACACAAAGCAGCAUAAACCAGCGGCUACCUCAAAUUCAUGUUCUUAUUAUUUGUCCCACAAGGGAGCUUGCCAUUCAAGUUGCAGCUGAGGCAAAUGUUCUGUUAAAACACCAUGUUGGAAUUGGUGUUCAAACAUUUACUGGAGGGACAAGGUUCAAGAUGGAUCAGAAACGUCUCGAAUCAAAUCCUUGCCAGAUUAUAGUGGCAACACCUGGCAGAUUAUUGGAUCACAUAGAAAACAAGUCUGGGUUUUCUGUACGUUUGAUGGGUUUGAAGAUGCUUAUACUUGAUGAAGCGGACCACUUGUUAGACUUAGGAUAUAGAAAGGACAUAGAGAAGAUUGUUGAUUCUGUGCCACGCCAGAGGCAGUCCUUAUUGUUUUCUGCUACAUUUCCUAGAGAGGUAUGCCGAAUAUCACAGCUUGUCUUGAAACGAGAUCAUAUCUUUGUCGAUACAGUUGGCUUGGGAUGCGUGGAAACUCAUGCAAAGGUUCUGCAGGCAUAUCUUAUUGCACCUCAUCAACUGCAUUAUCACUUGGUGUAUAAUCUUCUGAAGGAACACAUGCAACAAGAGUUAGACUAUAAGGUAAUUGUAUUUUGUACAACUGCUAUGGGAGCGGCUUUUAUGUACGUGCUUCUCCGAGACUUGAAAAUGAAUGUCAGGGAAAUGCAUUCUAGGAAGCCACAACUUUAUCGAACUCGUAUAUCUGAUGAGUUCCGUGAAUCAAAGUGCAUAAUUCUUGUAACCUCUGAUGUUUCUUCUCGUGGGAUGAAUUAUCCUGAUGUCACUCUAGUCAUUCAGGUUGGCAUUCCUCCUGAUCGUGAACAAUACAUACAUCGACUUGGAAGGACAGGACGUCAAGGCAAAGAUGGAAAGGGCAUUCUAUUGCUUGCACCAUGGGAAGAAUAUUUCAUGGAUCAGAUAAAAGAUCUUCCCAUCAAGAAGUAUCAACUUCUGGAUCUUGAUUCAGACACAAAACAGAAGGUUGAGGAUUCCAUUGGAAGAGUUGACCCAAGCAUCAAGGAAGCAGCAUAUCAUGCCUGGCUUGGAUAUUAUAACUCUAUUAGGGAAGUAGGAAGAGAUAAAACCACGCUGGCUGACCUGGCAAACCAGUUUUGUCAUUCCAUUGGUUUAGAGAAGCCUCCAGCGCUCUUCAGGAGAACAGCUUUGAAGAUGGGAUUGAAGGGCAUUCCUGGCAUUCGAGUUCAUAAGUAAAUCCAACAAUUGUUCUGAUCCAUUUCCAUACUGCAAAUCCUUAAGUGUCAAUGCUGAUCGGACUUGCUAACUGUGUUGGGUGAUUACGGAGUGGUUUAGAUUGGUAUCAGAAAGAGAGAAAAAAUGACAACAUAAGCUAGUGAUGGAUGAUGGCUCGUAUUAGAUUCAAAAUAGCAUGGCUUGUUCUGAGAGGCAUUGACUUGUCCUAUAGCAUGGAGUGGGUGGAACAUUCUGAAGCCAUUUCCUAGCAUGGAGUGGGUGGAACAUUCUGAAGCCAUUUCCUUUCUAAAUUACACAUGUCUUCAAUCUUCAAAUCAUUCCCAUCUUCUUAGUAGGAACGAGAAAUGUCUGUUUAGCGAUCUCAUGGACUCCGUUACUUGAUAACUCAUAACCUUUCGACUAUACUAAUGUAUGGUACGAACAAGAUUCUUCAUCCAUCAUGUACUGUAUUCAUGAAUCUGUGAGACUCUCCAUGAACGCUAUUAGGAGUGUCCGUACGAGCGAUCAUUGAAUGAAGGUAUGAAGUUGACAUCAUUGA